UCUUGAAAAACAGAAUUUGCUGAACAUAGUUAUUAAUUAACAGACCUGUACUAGCACAUGAUGUAUCUGGUAAUAAGGUUUUAUUUAUUGCAGUACAUACUGCUUUGAGAGUUCAUUCUCUCACAUAAUCCAUGUUGUUUUGCAAUGAGCCCUAUUGAAAGAUGCCACAGAAUUUCUCUUGCAGUGGAAUGAGGUCGAUAAUUCUCAUGAAAAAUACAAGGCUUAUUUAACUGGAAAGUGAAAAUGAAUAUAAAUAUGGAUUUAGAAUUACAGAGGAGCGAACAAACAAGCUAUCUGAACAUCAGUGGACCGACUCUCACAUUUCAGAACGUACAGUAUGUUGUCAGCGUAAAGGGAAAAUCCCUGCUGCAUAAAAAGGAAGAAAAAGCAAUCCUCCAUGAUGUCAGUGGCAUAAUGAAACCAGGAAUGAAUGCCAUUCUGGGUCCUACAGGAAGUGGAAAAACAUCACUUCUCGAUGUUAUUGCUGGGCGGAAUAAUCCUGAUGGAUUGAAAAAUGGCCAGGUCCUUGUUGAUGGAGAGUUGGUCACCUCUUCCUUCUGCUUAAGAUCAGCAUAUGUGGUGCAGCAAGAUGCUCUCAUGGGAACUUUGACAGUCAGAGAGAACCUGCAGUUUUCUGCAAGUUUGCGACUGUCCAGCCAGCAGUACAGCUCAGAAGAGAAACAGAUGCAAGUGAAUUCAGUAGUACGUGAGCUGGGUUUACAAGAUUGUGCAGAUACAAAGAUCGGUACAGAUUUCAUCCGUGGUGUUUCGGGAGGUGAGAGGAAGAGGUGCAGCAUCGGCAUGGAACUCAUCAUAUCACCAAGUCUCCUGUUUCUGGACGAACCCACCACUGGGCUUGAUGCUAACACUGCUAACUCAAUUAUGCACUUGCUGUACACGUUAUCUCGGAAUGGAAGAACUGUCAUCUUUUCAAUUCACCAACCUCGCUAUUCUAUUUUCCGACUUUUUGAUAAUCUGGUUCUGCUAAACAAAGGAGAAGUUGUGUAUGCCGGGCCCGCAGGAGAAGCUACAAGUUAUUUUGAAGGCAUUGGUUUUAAGUGUGAAGCCUUCAAUAACCCCCCAGAUUUUUUCCUGGAUGUAAUGAGUGGAGAGGUUUCCCAGUCUAACUCUGACCACGUUCUUUGUUUGGAUGUGGACAACACUAGUGACAAAAACCCUUUGGCCUUCUACUACCGUCGUUCACACUAUUAUGACCAGCUGGAGGAAGAACUCAAACAGCUAGCAGGGACGACAAAAGUUACAGAAGUGGCAACUGCACGAAAGAUGUCAUAUGCCACGUCAUUUGUUCAUCAGCUCUGUGUUGUAUGUCAACGGACUGUCCUGAAUAUCUUAAGGAAUCCACAAACAUCUGUUGCUCAGCUGUUUCUCUGCAUCUUUUUUGCUGUCCUGGUGGGGCUUAUAUACUACCAGAUCCCAGACACCCUCCCUGAGGCACUGCAGAACAGGGUUGGUGCCUUCUUCUUCCUUGUCAUUAAUCAAGUUUUUGGCAACCUGUCAGCUGUGGAACUAUUCAUCAAUGAAAGAGUACUCUUCAUACAUGAAAAUUCCAGUGGGUAUUACAGAACAUCAGUGUACUUUCUGUCAAAAGUAUUUGCUGAUCUGAUCCCGAAUCGAAUAAUCCCUAUGAUGGUGUUUUCUGGCAUCUCUUACUUUAUGAUGGGCCUGAAAGCUAAUGCAGAAUCAUUUUUCCUCUAUGCAAUAACCCUGAGCCUUACCAGCUUAGCAGCCGUCAGUAUGGCUUUCCUGGUGAGUGCCAGUGUCAGCACCUUCUCACUUGCCAACGUUCUUAUAGCACUGCCUUAUGUCUUUAUGAUGGUGUUUGGAGGCUUUUUGGUGAAUCUUAAUGCAAUGUUAGACUGGCUUUCUUGGAUCAAGUGGAUUAGUAUCUUUCGCUAUGGGAUGAAUGCAUUAACAGUGAUCGAGCUGAAAGAUCAGAUAUUUUACAGUAAUGGCAGCCCGUUCCCAGCAAAUGAGUAUAUGAAAGAGCAAGGAAUUGACUAUAGCACAUGGGGUCUAUGGCAGAAUGAAGUCGCCCUGCUUGCCAUGAUGAUCAUUUUCUUAUUCAUGGCAUAUAUACAGCUACGACGAAUCAAAAAAUGGAAAUAACAUUCUAAGUAUUUUUUAUUAGUAUUGUUAUUGUUACUUUUUAUAGAUGCAGUAUCACGCACUUCUAUGCCACAAGCGAUUUUGUACACUUGCAUUGGCAAUAUGGGAAUACACAGCAGUUCAGCACCUUUCAAAAGUAAUAUUAUCUAUGAUAAACCACAGGAAACUUGCUGACAGUUACAUGGAGGACAUCAGCAAUGAUUCAAAAUGCUGUUGUGUGUCAACUUGUGUGUCGUCAGAGCAGUGUGCAGAAUUAGUACAUGCACCUGUCCUUUGCUUCAACGAUGUAGCAUUACUCAGAGACACGAGUACUGAAGAAAUCGGCAAGAAUGCACUUUCUUUGCACUACAUAUGUUAACCAUAUACUUGUUGUCCAUCUAUUUAUUAUUGUCAUCAGUUUCAACUGCAUAGAAUACAGUCAAAACUCAGGGACGUGACUAGCUGCAUACCUCUUUUUAUUUCUGUUUUAUUGAG